AUUCAGAAAGUGUGGGACUGAGGAAGGGAGUCGGGAGGGGGCCCCCCUACGACCAGAAAAAGGAAGGCUGGGCAACAGGGGAGAAUGCUCAGCCUCCACUUUAUGGAGGUGUCAUGAGGACAGGCAGUGCUGUUCUAAGGUGGAGAAAGCUCUAUUCCCCAGAGUUGGGGGGGGGCAUGCCUAGACCACACAGGCCAGGGGUGGAGGGCCAGAAGAUGGGGAGGGGAUUCGGUGUGCUUGCCACUUGAGACUUCGGUGGAAUAUCCCAAGGCGCCAGGUGUAGAAGGAAGCAGGGGCAGAGCUCUGCGGCCAGGACGGGGAUGGGCAGAACUGGGGAGACGUGAGGAGCCUGGGCAGAGGCAGAGGAAAAUGGGAGGCCCAGGCUCUGGCGGCUGGGUUGGGGUAGAGGUGGGGCUCUGAGUGGGACCUGGGAUGGGGUUGGAGACGCGUGGGUUCCUAGGAGAGUUCAGGAGUGCGGUUAGACCAGAGAGAGGACAUACCGAUGAUGGAACACCAGCCAGUGAGCCGUGUCCUCGAGUGUCCCCAGGGCCAGCCAGCCAGGGACGAAUGGUUCCUGAAAACCAUUAGUGCCCCAGAAAACCUUGCCUGCAGACGUGCAGCCCGGUGUUGCUCGACUGGCACUGAGCCCUGCAGGGCCGCCAGGCCCUUACACCUGAGCAGCCCUGGCUCCUGCGCUUGUGACAGGCGGGGUGGGGGGUGGGGCUGACCAGUUCCUCCUCACAGAUGGGUAAACUGAGGCCCAGGGUGCAGGAAGGCGCUCCGUUUACCUGCUUUUGUGAGUGCCCUGCUCUCACGUGAGGGGGCUGUUGUGGCUGUUGCUGUCCGGGUGGACCAGGGCACUGGCCAGGGCCACUCUGCCCCCCUGCAGCCCAGUGUUGCCCCAGCUCCCAGUGUUCACAGGACGGGGGGACAUUCAGAUUUUCUUGCCCAUUCUUUUAGUUGUAGUAAAAUAGACAUGAUUUAUCGUUUUCACCACUGCUAAGUGCAUGGCUCUGUGGGAUUAAAUACGUGCAGACGUCCCGCCUUUGUCUGUGGACCUUUUCCAUCUUCCCGAAGGACUCUGCUCCCACUGAACCCUAAUUCCGAGCCCCUCCCUGGCCCCCAGCACCCCCCCUUCCACUUCCUGGGGCUGUGGCUCUGCAACCUGGGGACCUCCUAGAAGUGGAAUCCUGCAGUAUUUGUCCUUUUGCAUCCGGCUCUUGUCACCGAGCACAAUGUUCUCUGGCUUCCCCCAUGCUGUGCAGGCGUCCGGCGCUUCAUUCCUUUUUAUGGCUGGAUAAUAAGAUCAUGUUCUGUUGGGCAGGUGGACGGGCCGCACCGUGUUCAUCCAUUCAUCCACGGGUGGACAUUGGGCUGCUUCCACUCUGGGGCUCCAUGGGUCCUGCUUCUGUGAACGUGGGUGCAGGACGUGCUGGGGCUGGUGCUCAGAUCUGCCGGCCAUGUGCAUCCCCAGCUCCCUCUGCUGAGAGCUCUCAGCCGCGCCCCCAAGCACCCUGCCUCUGUGCCCACGAGCUGGUUGGUCCCUCCCCCUGAAACAGCCUCCCCACUUCUGUCCCCCUGUGGCUCCCUGGAGCCCAGGUCAGUGUCACCUCCACAGAGUGGCCCCCCUGAACCUCUCCUUUGCCACCGCUCGAAUCCGCCGGUCCCACCCAGCAGAGCCUUUGCUGGUGCUGUUCUGGGGGCUGGGAUGACCUCCGACUGCACCCCUAAGACUCAGCCUGAGAGUGAGCACUGUCCUGAGUCCUGACAAGAUGGCCACCCUCCCCCCGACCCCGGCCCCAUCCCCUUCCUGGUUUGGCUUCCCCGGGACUUCAUCAUCCGUCAGACUAAGUAAUUUAUUCCUAUUGUUUAUUCUCUUUCCUCCAGCGUCCCUGACACGGGGGCCGGGGUUGGUUUUGGUUUGCUCACUGAACGGCAGCGCCCGGCACAUGGCGGGCACCGGUAGACUUGGGUUGGAGAUGAACAGAGCCCGGGGUGGAUAUCUGCCCUGUCUGCGGUGGCGUGGGUGGGCCACUUCUGUGGGUGGAGCGUGGCCAGCCCCAGCUCUGCAGCCCCGUGCAUCCUGCGCACCUCGCUGCACAUCAUCCGUGGCCCUGAGAUGGCGCCACAGAUGCACGGCCAUGUGGGCGGCAGGGGGCAACCGAGCAAAGAGAUGCCCAGCCAGCACUCCUGGCGUGGCUCCAGCAUACAGUAGGCACUGCAUAAAUCUUUUGUUAAAUGUUGGAUCACACCGGGGCCCCCACCCUGGGAACUGGGGAGCCGGUUUCUGGGCCUUGCUUAGGACCCGUGCCAGAGCCUUCACUGGCUUUUCGGGACUUCCUGUGCACCUGCCAGUUCCUUCCCCUGAGGCCCUCUGCCUGGCCACCCUGUCUUGGGGACAGCACGUGUCAGGACACACACCUGCCCCUUGGGUCACCUGGGCAGUGACCCAAGUGUCAGGAAAGGCUGUUACACAAAGGACACUGGGGAGACAGCAGUCUGGAGCAGUUUGGCCCAGCAGAAUCCUCCAGACUCCCCUCUGCCCUCAUCCCUGACUCCUCACCAACCUCACCUGCUCCAUCUCCAUCUGGGGAAAUGUGCUGCCUGAGGUAGGACUAAUGUCUUACCCACCGUUGUGUCCCAGUGCCCAGCACAGGGCCUGACAUACAGCAGUUGCCCAGUAAAUGCUUAUCAAAUGAGCCGGAGAGGCCAACCACCUUAGUUGCAGGAAGGGAGUGGGUUGGGGGAGCCUGAGGCUACCCAUGGAGUACAGGGGUGACCCAGGAUCAUGAGCAGGUGGGGAGGGGGAGCACCACAGAACCUGCCCCUCACCUCGGCCGCUGUGCUCUCCGGCAGCCCCCUCCUCCCAGUACUGGGAGUAGCACAUCAGCUGGGGGCUGUUGUGGGCAGACGGGGUGUGACGGGGGCUCGCCGUAAUGCGGAGGGGUGGUUCUGGCUGCAGUUUAAUCCUGGGUUGUCUCCUGCCCUUCCCACCAAAGUGGGGGGGCGUCAGUAAAACACACUGAUGACCCUUUGAUAUUGACAGUCCCAGUCUCUGGGGGGUGGGCGGUCAGUUGCCAGGGGGAGGGGGUUGGCUGCCGACUUUGCUGCCCCCGGACCCUUCUGGCCUCCGGGAGCCAGCACGGGAGUCGGCUUCCCACACAGGCUGUGGGAACAGAGCAUGUUGGCCUAGCUGGGGAGCUCCAGAGACGCCUAGGUGGUCUGCCCAGCAGGGUGCACUGAGGGUUGGCCUGGCCCCCAGCUCCUCCCAGCCCCAGACCCCCUCUCUCUUGCAAGCCCUCCUACCUGAGUCUCUGCCAGGCCCACUCCUACUUGCCCUGCGAGCCUCUGUCUCAAGGUUCCUCCUCUUCCGGGCAGCUUUCACCGGUCACCCUGCCAGAGUCAUGCGCCUCCUUGGCCCCCUGAGGACAGCUAGGACCUUGGGUGAAAACCACCCAUCCCUUGGACCGAGAUCCCUCAGGAUCUACUGAGUCCCAUCCAGUCACCCGCCUCCAGAUUGAGGUUCACAUCCAGGCUCCACCCCUCCCCACCAGCCUCCCCCAGCUCCACCCCUCCCCACCAGGCCCCGGUUUCCUCAUUGCAGAGCGGGAACAGUAAAGGGAUUUGAGGCCGAGAUGCAGCGAUGUGGGGCACACCAUAUGCCCCGCUGUUUCGUGCCCCUUCCCAGCACGAGGCUUGUUGAUCGAAUUAACAAAAGGACAGAGACACAGUGGGUCUCAGAAGAGGAAUUGGCCUGCCCCUCCUGCUAGGGGAGCAGGGCACUGAGUCAGGGAGGAACUGGUAGGGACCCCGGGUCACAAGGUCUCAUCUGGUGCUCCCCCCAGGCUCCCUGCUCCAGUGGAGCCCAGCUGCCCUCUGACCGUUCGGAGUGCAGGGGCCAGGCCAGGCAUGGGGGAUGGCACCCCAGCCCUUCCCAGGUGGCGACGUCAGUCAGCCACCUGGGCACCUGGCUGGCCCCGCCUGGGCUUCCCCGCAGUCCAGGUGAGGGGUGAGUUGUUCGCCACCGAGUGACAGGGCCCACAUGACCCAUCAGGUGGCCACUGGGGGCCUGAUUCACAGCUUUCUGGGAACUGGGUUAACGGGAUCCCAGAGCGGAGGGCUCGGUCAGGUCUCCUGGCUGAGUCAUGGUGGCCCUUGGAGGAAGGAGCCGUUACUGAGCCUCUGGGCAGCCCCCUUCUCCCCAAGGUCCUGGGACCUUGCCCAGACUCCAUAACCUAGCCUUCAGCUGCUGCAGACCCAAGCCCCAGGUGUUCCCUUCCCCACCCAAACGGGGGAGCUUUCCCAGUCAGUGUCAAGGGCAUUGGGCUAGACCUCUGGGUCCGGGUCCUUUUCCUCCACAGGGUUGAUCCUGGACCUACAGCUGGAGCCAGGGUCCAGAGCCCUGAGUCCACUGCUCCAGGGCAGAGGUAGGGGUCUCAGCUAGAGCCCCCAGACCCCUUAACGGCUCAUUUCCUCCUAGUAGUCCCACCCCUCCUGUGACCUACAGCCUGGGGUGGCAGGGACUGAGCCACUCACUCACUUGGGGGACUGGUCCAACAGCAUUCCGCCUCCCAGGAUAAAACCUGGGGUGACCUGUAGGGAACUCUGCACACUCCUGUCGCGGGCAGGACUGCUCUCCCAGCCGUGCCCGUGCCCCUGCUGGCCAUGGUGGUUUCCAGAACUCCCCCGGCCCUAGGUGGGGGCUGUCUCAGAAUCUUAACCCCCCUGCUGCUUCUGGCUUCUGCAGCCUCCCUCCAUGCUGCCAAGUUACCUGCACCCCCAGCCUGUGGGAAGCCCCAGCAGCUUAACCGGAUCGUGGGUGGUGAGGACAGCACCGAUGCCGAGUGGCCCUGGGUCGUGAGCAUCCAGAAGAACGGGACCCACCACUGUGCAGGCACCCUGCUCACCAGCCGCUGGGUGGUCACCGCCGCCCACUGCUUCAAGGGCACUCUCAACAAGCCAUCCCAGUUCUCUGUGCUGCUGGGGGCCUGGCAGCUGGGGAACCCGGGCCCCAGGUCCCAGGAGGUGGGUAUCGCCUGGGUACAGUCCCACCCCGUGUACUCCUGGAAAGAGGGCUCCCGUGCGGACAUCGCCCUGGUGCGCCUUGAGCACUCCGUCCGCUUCUCCGAACGCAUCCUGCCUGUCUGCCUGCCCGAUGCCUCCGUCCGUCUCUCUCCAAACAAGCGCUGCUGGAUUGCAGGCUGGGGAAGCACCCGUGACGGAGUGCCCCUGCCGCAUCCCCAGACACUGCAGAAACUGGAGGUUCCCAUCAUUGACUCAGAAAUUUGCAGCCGCCUGUACUGGCGGGGAGCAGGGCAGGGAGCCAUCACUGAGGACAUGCUGUGUGCUGGCUAUCUGGAGGGGCAGCGAGAUGCCUGUCUGGGUGACUCCGGGGGCCCCCUCAUGUGCCAGGUCGAGGACACCUGGCUGCUGGCGGGCAUCAUCAGCUGGGGCGAGGGCUGUGCGGAGCGCGACCGGCCCGGCGUCUACAUCAGCCUGGCUGCCCACCGCUCCUGGGUGAUGAGGAUCGUGCAGGGCGUGCAGCUCCGCGGGCACUCGCAGGGGAGCAGCCCCUCCCGGGACCACGCGCGGUAGGGAUCUGGGAGACGGGCAGCCGCUUGCCCCAGCCGCCUGACCGCGCGCCCUUCCCGCCGUCGUCAGCGAGCCACCUGCCUUCGGGGGGCGCCCGCGGGCCGGCACCGCUGCCUCUGCUGCGAGGCCCCGCCCCGCCCGCGGGAGCGCCUUCCUGUGUGUAUAUACGUGUUAGCGAUUUUUACGGUUAUUUGUAGCCCUGCCCGCCUAUCUUAUUUAUUCCAAUUUCAAUAAAUUAUUUAUUCCCCGUUCCUGUUUUUCCAGGUA